CCCGUCUCAUGUCCACGAGCACGCACUCGUGCCCCAAUCAACAAACCCUCGUUCAAAUAUCCUCAUUAUGCCGUGUGGUAGUGCUUUUGGUAACAAGAUGUGAUGGAGGAAAUUUCAGCACCAUCCACGAGCCCACGAUCUCUAUCAAAUAUGGCGGGCGUUCGCAAACUGAUCCGGAAGUGCGAGCGAUAUUGCUGCUUGACCUUCACCUACUUUCCUUUGGCCUUCGUCUACAGCAUUACCACCUGGGCAGUAUGGGUUGAGGCCACGAUAGGUUUCAAUCCCUCCCAGAGUGCCUGGAUAGGGUCGGGAACUUCAUUUCUCGGCAUCGCCCUCUACAUCCUUCUCAACUGGUCAUAUACCACCGCCGUCUUCACUUCUCCAGGAUCGACUACCGACCUACAUAAUGGCUAUUCCUCACUUCCCACCCAAGCAGCCCCUGCUGCCACCUCCUUCACCGUCAAAUCAACGGGUGAGCUUCGCUUUUGUAAGAAGUGCCAGGCACGGAAGCCCGACCGCGCCCAUCACUGCUCGACUUGCAACCGCUGCGUACUCAAAAUGGACCACCACUGCCCCUGGCUCGCAACUUGCGUUGGGCUAAGGAACUACAAGGCUUUCCUGCUUUUCUUGUCAUACACGACAAUCUUCUGCUUCGUCUGCUUUGGAGUGAGCGCAACGUGGGUGUGGACCGAGAUUUUGCGUGAUGGGCAAUACGAGGAUAACCUAACCCCCAUAAAUUACAUGAUGCUUGCUGUUAUUUCAGGAAUGAUUGGGCUUGUUCUUGCAUUUUUCACUGGCUGGCACAUCAUGCUCGCGAGUCGCGGACAAACCACCAUUGAGUGCCUUGAAAAGACCCGGUAUCUGUCGCCCGUUCGACGCGCGAUGCAACACCAACAUAUUGCACAACACCGCUCCCAUGAGCCGCCGAGCUACGGACAGCAGCUGCGCGAUAUACACACCAACGCCCUACCGGGCGUGACUCGGCCUGAAGAGGGCGCCACGCCUCCUGCGGAACCACGGUAUAGAACGUAUGAGGACCUCGAGCGUCAGCGGGCUCGAGAUAGGUAUCAAGAAUACCUCGAUGAGCAAGACUCAGAAAAGCUCCCCAACGCCUUUGACCUCGGCUGGCGGCGCAACUUGUAUGUUUUGUUCGGGCCAAAGAAAUUGCUCUGGUUCGUACCAAUCUGCAACAGCAUUGGUGAUGGCUGGAGCUGGGAACCGUCUCCAAAAUGGAUUGCGAUGCGAGAAUACAUGCGCAAAGAGCGUGACGAGCAGUUAGAGCGGGAACGGAAUGCCGGAUGGGGGACGGCGAGUGGGGGUUGGGAGGGGGAACCAGAGCCCGUGCAGAUCACGAGGCACUAUCUCAACGCGCCGUCUCCGACAACACCUUCGGGGCAGCGCAGCCCUAGCAAAGCCGACAGAGUGUUGGGCAGAGACCCCGGUAGUUAUCUCGAGGAGCCCAAUGAUGGGCAUAAUAUACGGAUGGAGAGCCUAAGCCGAAACAGAAUUGGCAAGGAAGAAGACGACGAUGAUUAUGAUACGAGUAGCGAUGAAAUGGAGACGCCGCGGCCAGGCCUAGUGCAGCACUUUAGUGGUUUCGGCGCGCAGCGGACAUUCGGAGGGAUGAAGAUGGGUCUUGGCCAGGCACAGAAGCCAGAGGGAGACGAGGAGGAUGGAGAUAGUGUGGACUGAAAAAUAUGAUGGAGUGUUGGAUUUGUAUUGAUACUGCAUGCCAGAAGGGCAUUUAUGACGUUUCAUGAGCGCGAUCUAUCUGAGCGUUGCAGAGGCUUCUGGAGUUAAAUCGGCAUGGGCAUUUGUAAAAGGCGGAUUUCUGUAUUUUGUACAUUUAUAGGGACGUUCUAUCUAGAAACCCUCUAGCGUGAGCCAAGAGCCAGAGGCAUUUAAGUCCAUCGCCAAUAUUUGAUUUUCGACUAAAUGUAUAAAAUGGACAUAAG